GAGGCCCCGGCCCCGGCCCGCUGGGCGGCCUGACCGGCGGGGACAUGGAGCCCGGCCUGCCCGUCGAGGUGCGCGGCUCCAACGGGGCCUUCUACAAGGGUUUUGUGAAGGAUGUUCACGAAGACUCUGUCACCAUCUUCUUUGAGAACAACUGGCAGAGUGAGAGGCAGAUUCCCUUCGGUGACGUCCGGCUACCCCCGCCGGCGGACUACAACAAGGAGAUCACGGAAGGGGACGAGGUGGAGGUUUACUCUCGAGCCAACGAGCAGGAGCCAUGCGGCUGGUGGCUGGCCAGGGUGCGGAUGAUGAAGGGAGAUUUCUACGUCAUAGAGUACGCAGCCUGCGACGCCACGUACAACGAGAUCGUCACCCUGGAGCGCCUCCGGCCCGUGAACCCCAGCCCGCUGGCCACCAAGGGCAGCUUCUUCAAGGUCACCAUGGCGGUGCCCGAAGACCUGCGCCAGGCGUGCUCCAACGAGAGCGCCCACAAGGAAUUCAAGAAGGCCGUCGGCGCCAACUGCAUCUUCCUCAACAUCACCAACAGUGAGCUCUUCAUCCUGUCGACGACGGAAGCCCCGGUGAAGAGGGCCUCCCUGCUGGGCGACAUGCACUUCCGCAGCCUCCGCACCAAGCUGCUGCUCAUGUCCCGCAACGAGGAGGCCACCAAGCACCUGGAGACAAGCAAGCAGCUGGCGGCGGCGUUCCAGGAGGAAUUCACGGUGCGGGAGGACCUGAUGGGCUUGGCGAUCGGGACCCAUGGGGCCAACAUCCAGCAGGCUCGUAAGGUGCCCGGGGUGACGGCCAUCGAGCUGGGCGAGGAGAGCUGCACCUUCCGCAUCUAUGGGGAGACCCCCGAGGCAUGUCGCCAGGCCCGCAGCUACCUCGAGUUCUCCGAGGACUCUGUCCAAGUGCCCAGGAAUCUGGUCGGGAAGGUGAUUGGGAAGAACGGGAAGGUGAUCCAGGAGAUCGUGGACAAGUCCGGCGUGGUGCGGGUGCGCGUGGAAGGCGACAACGACAAGAAGAACCCACGAGAGGAGGGCAUGGUCCCUUUCAUCUUCGUGGGCACAAGGGAGAACAUCAGCAAUGCCCAGGCCCUCUUGGAGUAUCACCUGUCCUACCUGCAGGAGGUGGAGCAGCUGCGGUUGGAGCGGCUGCAGAUCGACGAACAGCUGCGCCAGAUCGGGCUGGGCUUCCGGCCGGCGGGAGGCGGGCGGGCCGGGGCCGCGGACAAGGGGGGCGGCUACGCCACCGACGAGAGCUGCUCCUCCUCCUCCUCCCUGCACGCCACGCGCACCUACGGGGGCAGUUACGGGGGCCGGGGCCGCGGGCGCAGGGCGGCCGGUCCCGCCUACGGCCCCGGCUCGGACCUGUCCACCGCCUCCGAGACUGAGUCGGAGAAGCGAGAGGAACCCGAGCGGCCCGGCCCCGGCGACAGGGACAGGGAUGCUCCGGGCCGGGGAGAGGAAGGCCGCCGGCGGCCCGGAGGGGGCCGCGGGAGAGGACCCCCGCCCACCCCCCGCCCCCCCGCCAAGUACAGCUCCUCCUCCAUCAGCUCAGUGCUGAAGGACCCCGACAGCAACCCGUACAGCCUGCUGGACACAACGGAGCCGGAGCCUCUGACCGAGGCCGACGCCGGAGAGGCCCCCCCGGCCAGCGCCCGCCGCCGCCGCUCCCGCCGCCGCCGCACGGACGAGGACGGGACCGUCAUGGACGGGGGGCCCGAGCCCGACGGGCCGGGCCUGGCCGAGAACGGGCUGGAGGACGAUUCCAAGCCCCAACGCCGCAACCGCAGCCGCCGCCGCCGUAACCGCGGCAACCGGGCCGACGGCUCCAUCAGCCGAGACCGCCAGUCAGUGACCGUGGCCGACUACAUUUCGCGGGCCGAGUCCCAGAGCCGCCAGCGUCCGCUCCCCGAACCCGCGGACCGAGCGCCGGAGGACCCCCCCUCAGGACAGAAGGGCGACUGCAGCAGUAAGCUGGCCCCCCCUCCCUCGGAGAAUGGGGAGCUGGCUCCACCCCCGGAGCUGGGCAGCCUGGUCAACGGGGUCUCAUAAACUCAGUCCCCCCUCCCACCCCCACCCCCCAAAAUCCCCGCCCUGCCCCUCCCCCGUCUCGCUUGCAAAAACACCACCACGGCCCCCUCCCCCCCUCGGGCGUUGGCGCCGCAUUGCCAAAGAGGGAACAGGCCGGGGACGGCGGCUCAGGCCCCCCCCCACUCACACAUCCCUUCCCGGGGGGGGGGAGCUGAUUUCGGGGUGACCCCCUCCCUCCCAGACUGUAUGUGCCUUCUUCCCCCUCA